AAACAAAUGAAAUAUUUAGAACAGGAGCAAGAAGAAACCAAGAGUGCAAAAGAAGAAACUCAAAAAUUGCGAAGGAAGGUGAAAUCUAUGGAGAGAAUUGAGACACUGUUACACAGUCAGCGUUCCGAAGUAGAGAAGAUGAUCCGUGAAAUGGGAACAGGGCAAGCAGCAAUGGAACAGCUUGCAGUCUAUUGCAUCUCACUAAAAAAGGAGUAUGAAAAUCUUAAGGAAUCUCAGAAAGCAUCAAAUGAUACAGUGGAAAAACUGAGAAAGGAGUUGUUUUCUGCUAAUCAUAAGCUCCAGAAAACUGCUCUAGAGUUGGAGAAAACAACUGAAGAAUUGAAAAAUACACAAACAGAUCUGAGAACUGCAGAUAAAGAGAUUACAAGUUUGAAAAAAAAGAUAGGAGUCCUACAAGAUACCAUAAAAGUACCAUCAUUAACCAGUGAAGCACUUAGCCGGCUUGUCUCUGAAAG